AUGCCAUCGACAGAAAACAGUCCGUCCAGUUCGAUGUCACCAUCUAAUCAUCCAAGCAUCUCGUUUGUAACUUCUAAUAAAGGGAAACGAUUGCUUUCGUUUGGUGAGUAUCUAUUCAAGUGUAACAAGACAACGCUGUCAAAACAAUAUUGGGUUUGUAUUGAACAUGGAUGUGGCGUAUUCAUUCAUACAAACCUAAACAAUGAAUUUUUAUUGAUUACUGGUGAUCAUAAUCAUGUUGCUCGUCCAGACAUUCUGGAAAUGAAAGUGUUGCGAGAAAAAAUGAAAAAUCGUAUUUUAAAUGAAUCAACUUCUAUUACAAAGAUUUACGAUGAAGAAGUUACCAAAGCUGCAUUAGCUGAAUCGAUUGCUGCUCAGUUUCCAACUGUCGUCGAAUAUCAAUCAUACCAAAAAACAUUGUCAAACAAACAAUUUUUGUUGAUGGAUUUCUAUAUGAAGCGUUCAAAAGAACGCGUAAUUGUGUACGCAACUUCUCAACAACUGCGAUUGUUAUGCAGUAGUGCGACAAUAUUUAUGGAUGAAACAUUCGGUGUUACUCCUGAUGGCUUCGAACAAGUAUUUUUAAUUCACGUUCAGCAUCUUGGUCAAAGUUUGCCGGUGGCGUUUUGUUUGAUGUCUAAUCGACGAGCGUCGACGUACGUUGAAUUAUUCCAACGACUCAAACAAGAAGCAGAAGCAUUAGACAUGGAAUUUCAACCGAAGCAAGUUGUGUCGGACUUCGAAGCAGCUUUGAUACCAGCGGUUCGACAAGAGUUUCCUGGUGCACUUCAUUCCGCUUGUCUGUUUCAUUUUAUGCAAAGCAUCCAUCGGAAGAUAAUUAGCCUGGGACUAAAUCAUGAUUACACAAAAUGCGCUGAAACACGAGACCAGUGCAAGCAGCUUAUCGCUUUAUGUUUGAUGCCAAUACAAGAAGUUGAAUCUCAAUUCAAGCGGCUUCGCAAUGUAGCAUCGGAAUCAUUGGAUGAUAUUUUUAUAUAUUUUGAACGUCAAUGGAUCAGUGGAAGAAUUCCACUGAAUAUGUGGAAAUUUCAUGAUCUCAAUCACAGAACCAAUAACAUCUCAGAAGUUAAUUAA